AUGCACACGGAUGAUAUAAUCGAGGCCGUCGGGGGUAUGUCCCGCUUCCAGAUCCUCAUGGUUGUCUUCAUAUUGGGUCCAAAGAUGCUGAUGGGGUGGGGGAUGUUGAUAAUGUCGUUUGCGGCGACUACUCCGGAUUGGUGGUGUCUCCCAGCUACUGCGCCCUCUGUUGAUGAGACCUACGGCAUGAACAACGUCACAUUCAAAUUGUGUCCCACCUCGGACAACAUCACCUGUCAGGUUGUGUACAGCCAGGAUAAAAACACUAUCGUCAGUGGAUUCAACCUGGUGGCAGCAUUCUCCGUCAACUGGCAGAUGUUUACAGUGUUGCGUUUUCUCAUCGGGAUGAUGACAGGCUCUCUUCUGGUGGGAUGCUACCCGUAUCUCAUUGAGUUCCUCGGAAGAAAAUUUCGACCACUUGCAUCGGCAAUUCCAGUCUGGGUAACUGGUUUAUGUGCAUUUGCCCUGUCCAGCUGGUUGAGGCCUGACUGGUCUCAUCAACACAUCAUAUUGGCUGCCCUUCAUCUGCCCUUUUUCGCGGGAUGGUUCUUUGUCCCAGAGAGUCUGCACUGGUUGGCAGUCAAAGGGCGGACUGAUGAGGCUGAGAAGGUCGUGGACCAGAUGAGUCGAUACAACAAAAGAGAGAAGCCCACCAACACACUGCAGCUGCUGAAACAAGUGGCAGAAGAGGAGAAGAGUCUGAGAUCGUCUGGCAGCAAGUACACCUAUCUGGACAUCUACAGGGGCUGGAGCAUAUGCUGGAAGUCUCUCAUCAUACAGUUCGUAUGGGCGUGUCUGUCGCUGGUGUACUAUGGGAUAUCGUUCGGUGCAGGGAGACUCGCAGGCAACCUGUAUCUGAACAUCUUCCUUCUGGGAGUGGUGGAAGUGCCAACUACUGUGUUGACUUUCUUCACAAACAACAAAUUUGGUAGAAAAUGGACAGCGGUUGGUUUCUUUGCUGUUGCCACUUCCGCUGCUUUUGGUGUUGCAAUCAUUGCGAAAACAGUCUCAAAAGACGAACAGGGAGUCAUCAUUAACGUCUUGGCUCUGGUGACCAAACUCGGUGCUGGUGGAGCUUGGGCUGCCUACGGGUUGUUGGCAAGUGAGACGUACCCUACUGUCAUAAGAAAUUUGGGUUACGGAGCAGCUAAUACAGCAGCCCGACUUGGUGGCAUGAUCGCUCCAUACGUCUUUGCAGGGGGAGAUGGUGACCUCGUGGUGCCUUUCGUCAUUGUUGGUUCGACCAUGGCCGUCUGUGGAGUGUUAUCUGUCGUAAUGAAGGACACGAAGGACCAGCCCCUGGCUGACACCAUGGGGGGUCAGGUGAACACAAACGGGGAUGUGAUGAUGGUGGCGAUCCAAGAGGACAUAGAAAACACCGAGCUUUAG